AAAAAAAAAAAAAAAGGGCUUGACUUGUGUCUGGGACGCGGCAACGACGCCGUAUUACUCACCAUAACCAGGCUUGAAGAUAUCCAGAUUCUAGCGGAUCUUCCUUUCGACUAACCCUCUCUCGCUCUCUGAUAGCAAAUUUCUCAGUUUUUGCUUUACUUUGCUGUGUAUUGUUUAUAGUUUUGGUUCAAUAUGAGCGUCACCCAAUUUGCCAUGGUGGAGGAAUUGGCUUUUCUUGUGAGGGAUAAUCUUCCUUGCAAGCAUCUCAUGCUUUCCAUGGAAGAGUCUUUGGUUAACUUCCUUCAGGAUGAUACAUGUGCAGAUGGGAUCCUAGAGUUGGAGCCAAUGGAUCCGUACAGUCGCCUUCUCCUGCAUCGCCUUGCAGAUAUAUUUGGAUUUGCUCAUGUGUCUGUUGGUGAAGGAGAUGAGCGGCAUUUAGUUUUAGAGCGAUGCUCAGAGACAUCAAUACCUUCUAUCCUUGUAAGUGACAUCUUGUUUCAGUAUGAAGAAUCUCAGCCUCUUACAACAUCACACCAAUUAUUGAGGAGAAACAAUGCUCCUCCAGUAUUGAAGGCAAAGUCACCUUCUUUCCUUACACUGGAGGAGAGAGAAGCAGCUUAUUUGGCAGCUCGUGAACGAAUUUUUUCAAUGAAUGAGGAAGAGAUGAAAGAGCCUCAGAAGCAGAAGCCACGAAGUGUGCCUGUGGUUGCCCGUCGAAUGAUUGCUCAUGCAUUGGGCCAAAAAAUAAGUCCAUGGAAUCAAGAUGCUUCUGUUAAGAAUUGCAAAGGACAUGAAGUUCAGACCACUGAGUUGAAUGUUCCAGACAAGAAUAAAAUUGAUCCCAAUUCUGGUUUGGAAGGCCUUAAGGAAGCCAGUGUCCAGCCUGUGAAAAAUAUCGAUCCACUUCGUAAAGCGAAGAGCAAUAACCAUGACUGCAAUGCAUCAUCACCUGCUCAGAGGAAUUUGCCCCAUGAGCCAUUUGGAAGGAGUUCUACUAAUGGAUCAAGUAGAAAUCGUGUCAAGGAAUACUCAAAAGAGGAACACUUGGGAGCUGCAAAGAGGAUGUUUGCUAACGCCUUGGGACUGCAAUCGACCAAGGGUGGUCUUGCGAGAUGCACUGCAGCAAAGCAAGUUGACUUGGAGUGAGGGGUUAAACAGUCUUUCCAUGUACGAAAUUGGUUUGUUUUCUUUCUGUUGGACACAUGAUGGGAGCUCUCAAGUUUCCAGUAUUAACAACCUGCUUGUUUGAUGGCAUAGAAGCACAAGAGCCCUUGAUGAAAUGUUUUCAAAGAGCUGCAGAACAAAAGCGUCAAGAGGUAACGGGUGGCUUUUUACAUCUGCAUUCGAUUGCCUGCAGUAACUUAAUUGCCAGCCCACUUGAACGGCUGUUCCAAGAGGGGUUUGGAAUUAUGGUUAAGACAGUGCAGACACACGAUAUGAUGUUUUUCUUCAUUGUGGAAGAGCCAUCUGGAUGAUACCGAAGCUGCCUUCGAUUGUUUUGGUCAGCUUCUUCCCAAAUGUGACACGUUGAAACUAUACCCGGAUGUCAUUGUGUUGUAUUUAUGUGCUUGCCGUCAAACACAUAGAUAUGUAUCUUUACGAAGGAGCAUAUAAAAUAGCUGAUGAAUUUUUUUAGUA